AUGAACCCGCAGCUAUCGAUUAACGUGUACGGCUACAAAGUUACGUUUCUACGUGAUUUAGAAAUUUUCCCUGUACGCGUUAGUUCGAACACUGCGGGGAAGAAAAUUCAUCUAUUGGCUGUGGAGAAUGGGAACAGUCACCACUUUUGCUGGAUAAAAAAUUUAGCAAAGUUGAGUCGAUCGGGUGUAACAAAACACGUAGGUAAAAUUUAUUUAUGUGAUCGAUGUCUCAACUAUUUUGCUACAGAAGUCAAACUCCAACAGCAUUCAGUAAAUUGUGGUGAAAAAGAAGCGGUGCGGGUACGAAUGCCUGAAACUGAUGACGAGCGGUUCGUUGAGUUCAAAGAUUUCAACAGCAAGGAACGUGUUGAGUAUAUGGUGUACGCUGACUUUGAGGCACUAUUGGUACCACAACAUCAUGAAGACAUGGAAAUGGAUCAUGGGUCUUAUACAAAAAAUAUUCAAAAACAUGUACCCUACAGUGUAGGUUACUAUGUUCAUUGUACCCAUGAUCCCAACCAAUCGUUUUAUAAGGCAUACCGUGGUGCUGAUUGUGUCAAGUGGUUUGUUCAUGAACUGGAACAAGUAGCGUACUCAUUAGAGCAAAAAAUAAAACACGUUAAACCAAUGUAUCCGCUCACCGUCGAACAAGAACUGGAUUUUAUGUCAGCAGAGAAGUGUCACAUUUGUGGUAAAGAUUUCGUAUCCAAUUCCAUACGUGUUCGCGACCAUUCACAUCGCACAGGUAUCUACCGUGGAGCAGCACACCAAUUUUGUAAUCUGCAUUAUCAAGAUUCAAGGGUGAUACCUGUUGUGAUGCACAACUUAAGUGGAUACGAUUCGCAUUUUAUUAUUGAAGCUCUGCUGACGGAAAUCGACGGUCAAGUUGAUGUGUUGCCCAUCAACAAAGAAAAGUACAUCAGUUUCACAAAGCACGUCUCGGACAUUCAAUUAAGAUUCAUUGAUUCCUUCCGAUUUCUCGCAGACAAGUUGGAAAAUCUGGCCUCAUAUUUAGAUAAUGAUAAAAAAUCCAUUUUACAUAAAGAGGUCAGUAAUGAUGAACAAUUUCAAUUGCUAACGAGAAAAGGUGUAUUUCCAUAUGAAUACAUGAGUAGCUGGGGACGUCUCCAAGAGACAAAAUUACCACCAAAGGAGGCGUUCUACAGUGUGUUAACAGAUGAACACAUAACGGAUGAGGAUUAUAACCAUGCGAUACAGGUAUGGAACACAUUCAAUUUACAUACACUAGGUGAUUAUUCAGACCUGUAUAUGAAAACUGAUGUGUUACUACUUGCGGAUAUUUUUGAAAAUUUCCGUAACACUUGUAUUCAUAGCUAUAGUCUCGAUCCUAGUCACUAUUACACACUUCCUGGCUAUACGUGGAGCGCCAUGUUGAAAUACACCAAUAUCAAAUUGGAAUUGUUCACGGAUAUUGAUGACUUGUUGUUUAUCGAGAAAGGAAUCAGAGGCGGUGUAAGUCAAUGUUCUAAUCGCUAUGCUAAGGCAAACAAGAAGUACAUGGAAGAGGGGUAUGAUAAAACUCAAGAAGAUGUCUACCUUAUGUAUUACGAUGUGGUGAACCUAUAUGGUGCAGCAAUGUGUGGAUACCUACCAACAGGAAAUUUUAAGUGGGUCGACACACCAAACAUCGAGGAUGUUGCAGAUGAUUCACCAGUCGGGUACAUUUUAGAAGUAGACCUUGAAAUACCCCAACAUCUACAUGAUAACUUUAGCGAUUUACCGCCAUGUCCGGAGACAACGAAACCACCUGGAUCAAAACAAAAAUAUCUUCUAAUUUGUCGGAUUACGUAG